AUGGUCCUGGCGAAUUAUUGCGUGGACUACAAAGAAGUAGACCACUAUCCAUGUCCAAAUUCCCCUACAUCAAAUUGCACAGAAUUAUCUACAGUUCAACCAACACAUUCCAGUGUUCACAUAUCACAAGAACGUCAGGUUCUGUCAAAUUCAGAAGAUUCCAUGGUGAACGUGAUUUCUCUAGAACAAAAUUUGUUACAUUCCAAAUCAGUAAAUGAGCAACCUGUCAAAUGUAGAGCAUUAUUAGAUUCAGGUUCUCAAUGGAAUUUUAUGACUCAUGAAUUAUUCAAAGUGCUUAAAUUAGACGCUUUACUGAUUCAAAUACCGGUAACAGGAAUUAAUCAAACAAAGUUAAAUAUUAAUAAAAAAGUUUUUGCCAAAGUUAAGUCAACUGAUAGCUCGUAUAGUUCAAAUCUGUCAUUUUUAAUUUUAAACAAAAUAAUAAGUGAGUUGCCACAGUAUUAUUUUAGUCCUUCCGAGUUGAAUAUUCCAGACAAUAUUGAAAUAUCAGAUCCAGAGUAUAAUAAACCAGAUUUUAUUAAAGAAGAAAUUUUUCAAGUUCAAACUACACAUGCUGUUUCAUUUCAUAAUGAAGUUGCUAUUUUACCUAUAUUUCCAAGUUUUAAUUCACCUGGUAUACAUAAAUUUUAUUUAUUUAAUUUUUCAAAUAAAUUUGACGGUCUCAUAGGACUAGACCUCUUAAUGCAAUUAAAUGCUAACUUAGAUUUUAAUUCUCUCUCUUUAAAAACGCCUAACACGCAAAUUCCAAUUGAAUAUCAGACUAAAAUGAAUAAACCUAUUAUAAAUAAUAAUAUACAGAGUUGUACUCAUGUAAUUUCUCCUAGAAGUAUACAAAAAAUUAAAAUACCUGUAAAAUUAAAUAAUGGAUAUGGAAUUUUAAAAUAUCAAAAAGCAAAUGAAAUUGAAAUACCUGAAUGUCUAGUAAAAAUAGAAAAUAACUUUGCAUUUACUACUAUUUUAAAUAAUUCUUCAAAUUCUGUAAAUGUAUCAUUUAUUGAACCUUUUGACAUUGAACCAGUAAAUAUAAAUGAAUUAAAUUUUAUUAAUUCUGACAAUAAUAUUGAACAAGUAAAUAAAAAUCAAGAUAAUUUAUUAAAAUCUAAUUUAAAAAAUUUAAGACUUGAUCAUUGUAAUUCUGAAGAAAAACAAGCUAUCAGAAAAUUAUGUUUAGAAUUUCGAGAUAUUUUUCAUCAUGAAGAUAUACCUUUAUCUUUUACUAAUGCCAUUAAACAUGACAUAAAAUUAAAAAAUGAAACACCUCUUUAUACUAAAAGUUAUAGAUAUCCAGAAGUACAUAAAAAUGAAGUAAAAAGUCAAAUUAAUAAAUUACUUUCUCAAAAUAUUAUAAGACCUUCAAAUUCACCUUGGUCUUCACCAAUUUGGAUAGUACCUAAAAAACUAGACGCAUCAAAUAAACAAAAAUGGCGUAUGGUCAUUGAUUAUCGAAAAUUAAAUGAACAAACUAUCGACGAUAAAUUUCCUUUACCAAAUAUAACUGAAAUUCUAGAUAAAUUAGGCAAAGCUAACUAUUUUACAACAUUAGAUCUUGCUAAUGGUUUUCACCAUGAAAUAAAUUCUAAUGAUAUUUCUAAAACUGCCUUUAGCACAGAUACAGGACAUUUUGAAUUUUUAAGAAUGCCCUUUGGUUUAAAAAAUGCUCCAGCAACAUUUCAAAGAGUAAUGAAUAAUAUUUUAAGAGGUUUACAAAAUGAAAUUUGUUUUGUUUACUUAGAUGAUAUAAUUAUUUUCAGUACUAGUUUACAAGAGCAUAUCGAAAAGUUAAGAAAAAUAUUUUCAAGAUUAAGAACUUAUCGUUUUAAAAUACAAUUAGAUAAAUCUGAAUUCUUAAGAAAAGAAGUUCAAUAUUUAGGACACAUAGUUUCUCAAGAAGGUAUUAAACCUAACCCUAAUAAAAUAAAUGCUGUAAAAAAUUUUCCAAUACCUAGAAGCCAAAAAGAUAAAUCAUUUCUUGGUUUGGUAGGCUAUUAUCGCAGAUUUAUUAAAGAUUUUGCAAAAAUUACAAAACCUUUAACUAAAUGUUUAAAGAAAAAUGCUAAAAUAAUUCAUUCUAAAGAAUUUGUUGAUUCUUUUGAACACUGUAAAUCUUUAUUAAUAAAUUCUCCAAUUUUACAAUAUCCUGAUUUUAAUAAACCUUUUAUUUUUUUAACUACUGACGCAAGCAAUUAUGCUUUAGGCGCAAUUCUUUCUCAAGGAACUGUUUCUAACGAUAAACCGAUAGCUUUUGCUUCGAGAACUUUAAACGAAUCUGAAACUAAAUAUUCAACAAUAGAAAAAGAACUUUUAGCUAUUGUUUGGGCAUGUAAAUAUUUUCGUCCUUAUCUUUUUGGAAGAAAAUUUUAUAUUUAUACAGAUCAUAGACCAUUAACUUGGCUUUUCAAUUUAAAAGAACCUAAUUCUAAAUUAGUUCGAUGGCGAUUACGUUUAGAAGAAUUUGAUUAUCAGAUAAUUUAUAAAAAAGGAACAAAAAAUUCAAAUGCUGACGCACUGUCUAGAAUACAACUUAAUAUGUAUGAAAAUGAAUCAAUGAUAAAUAAUCCUGGCGACUCAGAUUUCAACGUCGUAGAUUAUAUGAAAAAUUUAGCUGACAAUUUAUCGCUAGAUGAACAAGGUUCUAGUUCAAAAAUAAAUGUUAUCUCUGACAUACAAGUUAAACCUCCAGAUUCUGAUGCAACUGCACACUCUAAUGCAAAUGAUAAUGACAAUACAACAAUGACUAUUAUUGAUGAAAUUAUAAACAAUAAGUCUAUUCAAUACAUUGUGUCAAAGUCACCUCACCACACAAUAAAAGUUAAGUUCGAAAUGAUAUUUAAAAAUAACGUUAAUUACGUCACUGUGCCUAACAAUGAACAAAUAAUAAAACAAUUUCUUAAAGAAUAUUUAAUAGUCAUUACAGCGGACGUUGCAAAAAUGUACCGACAAAUAUUUGUCCAUGAAUCGCAGCGCAAUUUACAAAGAAUUGUAUGGCGCAAAGAACCAUCGCAAGAAGUUAAACAUUAUCAGUUGAAUACAAUUACUUAUGGAACAGCUAGCGCUUCCUUUCUAGCCACACGUACUCUACAUCAAAUUGGGCUUAAUUGCAAGGAUACUGAGCCUAUAGUUAGUGAUACAAUUUUAAAUAAUUUUUAUAUGGACGAUUUAAUUUGCGGAGCAUCCACCAUUGAAGAAGCUAUAGAGCUAAAAUUAGGGCUCGAAAAAGUUUUGUCGAAUUCAAGGUUAACGCUGAGGAAAUGGCGAUCAAAUAAACAAGAAAUUCUUAAUACAAGUUUAUAUAAAGAGUCAGAAAAUGAAAGCCAAUCUCAGUACGUGAUAUCAUCAGAUAUGAAAGGAAAAACAUUAGGUUAUACUAUCUACAAUAGCCACUAUUUUCGACCCACUGGUCUCAUAUGUCCAUGCAUUAUAAGAGGCAAAUUAUUCCUACAACGGCUCUGGCAAUUAAAAAUAGACUGGAAUGAAAAAAUUCCUGGCGAUUUUCAAGAUAUUUGGAGAGAUUUUAUCGAUACCCUGACAGACAUAAAUAAAAUACAGAUUCCGAGACAUGUUAUACUGACCAAACCGUCAAGGUUAUAUUUACAUGGAUUUUCUGAUGGAUCAGAAGUAGCGUACGGUGCUUGCAUUUACAUUGUGUCGACCGAUGACAGUGGUUAUAGUUUAUCAAAUUUAAUAUGUUCUAAAUCACGUGUUUCACCGAUUAAAACCAUAUCUUUACCGAGAUUAGAACUAUGUACAGCGUUAUUGUUAGCUCAAUUAAUGAACACGGUUCGCCAAGCAUUGAAACUUGAUGUUACUUUUUACUUUUGGACAGACUCUAAAAUCGUGUUGGCGUGGUUAAAUGAUCAACCUAACAGAUGGAAAACAUUUGUAGCCAACAGAGUGUCAGAGAUUCAGUGCAUGAGUGAACAUUCCGAUUGGUAUCAUGUACCUUCCACAGAUAAUCCUGCGGAUCUCGUGGCUUACGACCUUCAAAAUUAA